AAAUUAAUUUGUCCGGUUUGGUUCAGUUUUGUGGAAAAUAUAUUGGUUAAUGCCUUAAUGGUGAUUAUUAGAAAAACUAUGGUUGUAUUAAACGAAUUCCAUGAAUUUUCCAAACUUUGGAAUAGCUUCAUUUUCAGAAUUGUUUUAGUCUUCCUUGAUAUAACUUAGUAAUAUGAUUUUUUUAUUAAAAGUUUUGGAACUUUCGAUUAAACGUAAAAUUUUAGAACUUUCUAUGAUUUCUUUUUCUGGAGAUACAUUAAUGCUUGAAAAAAGAAGAAUAAGAAAUAUCAACAGCAAAGUUACAAAAAAAAGAAUUAACAACUUGAUUAGUGUUAAGGUAACUUCUUCUAAUUAUACUCAACCUUUUCAUCACAUAAUAACAUUGAAGUAAUAUGUAAUGUAAAUUUGUGACAAAAAAAAAAAAAUAUGUAAUGUAAUUAUUCAGAUGAGAAGGAACAAAUCAUUAUAAAAAAAAUGCUAUAGAUAUACAUUCAUUCUUACCAUCUUUUCAAAAUGGAUACAAGUGGAUAAAAGAAAAAGAUUUGAAAAUGAUAUAACACAAGGCCUUGUCAGGCUCUACUUGAUUAUAAGAUGAUCCCUGGGGAGAGAUUGUUGAAAUGAUAAAAUGACAGUUAAGAGGGGCUUACAAAAACAUUCACAGCGAGUUCUCGUCUUUGGAGGAGACACAUGGCCCAAGCCUAUAAGGGUAGACUGGUCCAUCACCCUCUCUACCUCUCUCUCUGUGAAAGAACAAGUACCGUACGCGUGUGGCGAAGAGGCCCGAUCGUGCGAGGGUCACAUAAAGAAGAACAUAGCAAUGCUUCACGUGGCAGGUCACGUGUAGGACCCCACACACAGACACUGUUGAGCUUCACCGCGUGAAUGAAUCUUUCCUCCUCUCUCUUUUCUUUUUGUGUCAGCUCUUAUUGUCUCUCCCUGAACAGCUGAAUCUCUGACUCCCCCGUGCGAAUUUUUUCUUUCACUUUAGUUUCUGUUUUUCUCUCGCACACAUCCCUAUAACUGAAUAGUUUGUUGGAUUCUAUUGCAAGAUUCUUUUCCAUUAAACAUUAAUACUGUAAGAUUUCAACAUUGUAAUUUUGCUUUUUCAACGGCAUUCAUUCUACUAGAAUGUGGAUACUGACACAACAAUGACAUUCAUAUAGAUCCCAUUAAUAUACAGUAUGUCAUGCAUUAUUAUUCUAUUUUUGUACAAGCUAAUAUUGAUGUCAUAAUGAGAUCGAUAACAUAAAAUGGAAAACAUUGGCCAAAGUGUGAUAAAGAUAUAUAAUGGAAAUAAGAAGACAUAAGUGUUGAUGAAAUGAGGAACAAUGGAGGAACAAGAAGGGAAAGGAAGCAUGUGAGAGAACUGAAAAAGACGCAAAACAAGUUAUGUUCCUUAACCUGUCCUUGUCUAGACAACCCAAUGUACAAAUGUGGGUGUAGCCGUGUGGAAGAGACUUUGCUUUAAGCUAAACAUACAACAAUAUUAUUAACCGAGAGCUAGCUUAAUUUUAAAUCACAUCCUUUCCCAAAACCCACCUAAGUUUGAGACCUCUCUAGACAAUUUGAACAAUCCGUUAUGUUUUUUUUGGUAUAUGGCUACAUUUUUGUUUUUGAUUGAAUAAUUUUUUUUAUCCAACAAUCAUGUAUAUUCCCUAUGGCCAAAUGUAGACUAUGUUAAAUUAUUUUCUUUUUUUUUUUGGUAAAAAAUUAUUUUCUUUUUGAGAAAGUAAACUCCUCACCACAAGACUUGAACUUCUAAUUUUUUUUACUCUACUAACUAAUCCAAGAGUUUUAGAUACCAAAACAUGUUAUCUUUGUAAUGUAGAUGAGUGUAAUUUUCAUUGUAAAUUUUUGAGGUACAUGCAUUUAUACCUAAAAACAAUUGAAAAAUGCACUUGUGCGGUGGUCCAACCGGUAAAUUAUACGUGAACAACACGCGCCGAGAUGGCCGUUUAUAUAUAAGCCACCUCUCUCCCUCUAUUGUGUCUCAUUCGUCGUCUUCUUCUACAACUUCCGAGAAAGGAAACAAACAUCAGAACAGUUAAAAAACAUUAACAAUCUCUUUCUUCUUUUGUCUCUUCUUCUUCCUCCUAAAAUUCCAAAGUUUCUCAGACCAAACCAUGCAUAGAUCCAAAACCCAAUCUAGAAACCCGUCCUUCUCCUCCACUCUCCUCGACGAAAUCUACAACUCCAUCGACCCCAAAACCCAAAAAACCCAACCUUUUCUAAACUCUCUCAACACCGCCAAGAAACAGAGCAUCAGCGUAAACAGAGGAAGAGAUCGGCUAUUCGGCUCUAUGUCGUCUUCCUCCGACUCCAACUCCAGCAUCUUCUCGUCUUCCGACACCGAACUAACUCACCCUAAGAAGACAACGUCCUCACGGCCCUUGUGUUUCGGUCCUUCAAAGACAACAAAACCGAGAAAAACAGAGGAUAAAGCUCUGUUUCGCCAAAACAGAGCAAAAACAGAGGAUAAAGCUCUGUUUCGCCAAAACAGAGCAACACGUGUGUCCGACGACUACGAUUACGCCUCCGACGCUCCCAAGAUCACGAGGUACGACGAGGAUUGUGAGAAUACAAGAACCAGAAGGUACACGAGUAAGCUCAAAACUCCAGCUUCGCCUGGUGUACGGAUCGUUAACUUCAUCAACUCUCUGUUCAGCAACAACGGUUCUUCUAAACAAUCCUCCUCUGCGGUUAAGAGUUAUCCGAGGAAGACGAGCUAUGACGUUACUAAACCGACGUGUUCUUCAGCUUCUUCCUUCUCAAGGUCUUGUCUGAACAAAGCCUCCGAGAAACCAUCUGACCGUAUCAAACGGAGCGUCAGGUUUUCUCCGGUCAAUGUGAUCGUCACCGCGGAAGAAGAAGAGGAAGAUUAUCUGAGCAACGGUUACAUAAGAAAGUCGGUGAAGAAGAAUGUGGAAGAUGGAGGGAGGAGAUCAGUGGAGGAGAUUGCUAGAGAGUUUCUGAGAGAUUAUCACAAGAACCAUGAGAACGGUAUGGUCAAGAGUAAUGACUUUGAGGAUUAUGAAGAUGAUGAUGAUGAUGUUGUAAGUGAUUCGAGUUCUGAUCUGUUUGAGCUGGAUUUAGCUGGGAGUCAUCAUCAUAAUCUGUAUGGAGACGAACUUCCUGUGUAUGAAACCACUUUUGCGGGUUUGAUCUUGUGAAUCUUUUUUUUUUCUUUAUUUUGUAACUUUUUAUUAGGCUUUCGUUUUUUUUUUAUGUUCUAAGAUCAUGUGAUUCUUCACAUGUGUUUGGUUUUGUAACUAUAUGUCGUGUUAUAAAUUUUGCGUUUGUAAAAAUUUGAUUCAAAACCAAACGAUAGUAAUCUAGUGAAUAGAGAAAGAAUUUGAGG